AUGACACUUCGUAAAUUAUUAUAUCAAAAUAAGUUUCUGCCGAAAAGAUUGAAAUUAUCAACCCAUCUUCGAAAUUUUACAAUAUCAAAUUUUUAUAGAUACGCUCAAAAGACUAACGUUGUCAAAUCAGAGACAGAAGUUAGAAAUGAAUUAAUUAAUACUACAGAGCUACCGCUUUUAGAUUGGGACAGAGGAGGUCGGACUCAGAAUGAAGCUUUGACACCGUUGUACGCUUCUAUGAAAAAUCUAAUUGAUGCUAAUCCAGGAUGUGUCUGUUUGAUUCAAGUGGGGAGCUUUUAUGAACUAUAUUUUGAACAAGCUGAAGUAUACGGCCCGAAGUUAGGCUUAAAGGUAGCUUCUAGGAAAACAAAUAAUUAUUCUAUACCAAUGGCUGGAUUUCCCACAUACCAAUUGCAAAAAUUUGUCAAAUCAUUAGUACAAGAUCUAGAUGUAAAUGUUGCAAUUAUAGACCAAUAUCCGCUUGAAAAACGCAUUAAUGAUUCAAUAAUUCAUCGUAAGAUUUCAAGAAUCGUUUCCCCAGGAACUCUUGUUGAUGAAACAUUUUUGAAUUAUAAUCAGAACAACUAUCUAGUUGCAAUUGCAUUUCCCACAAAAUUCCACAAAACACCAGCUGAUAUUGAUCUUAGUAUAGGGCUUUCGUGGAUCGAUAUAUCAGUUGGAGAGUUUUAUGUACAACAAACUACUUUGGGUGAGCUCAUAGGUGAUAUAUCACGAAUAAACCCAAGUGAAAUAAUUAUUUCCAAGGAAUUUCAGCACGAAAACUUGACUAGUGGUCAAUGGCAUCUGUCCUUACAAGACCUAAGGAAAUACUUCAUACGUUAUCACAAGACAAUCUACAAGGAUUUGAAACUCCAAUUUAAAUCAAAUUUGCAAACAACAAGAAAAAAAUUGGAAAGCUUUUCAAUUAAGGAGGAAAUGGCAAUGAACAUGAUUUUGUCUUAUAUUAAUGUGAAUCUUCCAGAUACAGACCCUACACUUGAUGUACCAAUUCAGUAUUGGAACCAAGAUCGCUUACAAAUGGAUGCUCGAACCCGUGAAGCAUUAGAAUUAACUGAAAGAUCAACAGGUGGCCACACAUCAACGGUGGGUUCUCUAUUAACCACUAUUAAGAGAACUAUAACGCCAUCUGGAACCCGUUUGCUAACCCAGUGGCUUAAGUCUCCAAUUUUGGAUGCUUCUGAACUUCGUCGUCGGCAAGAGUUUGUUAUUCUUUUCAAGGAAAAUAACUACCUUAAAUUAUCCCUAAGAUCACAAUUAUCACAAUUAGGAGACUUUAUUCGCUCAGUUCAAAGACUUGUAUUCGGAACUGGUGAUGUAGUAGCUCAUCUUCAAUAUAUUGGUGAUGGCUUAACCAAACUAGAAAGCCUUCAUUCGUUUCUUGAAGAAGAAGCCAAAAGAGACAAAUAUGCGGGCAAAGUUUUAGAUCCAUUUCUUAAGCAAUUUAAAGUUAGCAGCACCAUAGCUGAGAAGAUAUUUUCUACUCUCAAUGUUUCUGAGAUUGAUACUGGUGACUUUGUAGAAACUGAACAAGAAGACGCAGAGGAACUUGAAUCCGCAAUAUACUCUGUUAGUAAUAAAUCUAUUGAAAAAUAUAAAGACUUGAGAAAACAGAAAUUAGAGCAGGGUACUUCUUUUGCAGUAAAAAAGGAUUAUGAUUCUACAUUGAAGCAAGCUCAUGACAAGUUAGAAGAACUCAUGAUUCAAGAGAAUAAUUUGAUCCAAUCAAUACGAACACAAAUUCAAGAGAUUGAUUCGAAGUUAACUGUUAUAAAGAAGUCUCAACAUGGAAGAUACCUAAAUGUUUUAUAUAUUUCAGGUAAACAGAAACUGAUUGACGAAGCUUAUAAAUUGUUAUCUUCGGAUAUUCGUGAACGAAGAAAGGGAUCAUUAUUAUAUAAACCAGAAUCAUGGGGAAAGUUGCAAGCAUUAAUAGAUGAACAAAUCGAUAUCAUCAAAGAGUCUGAAAAAGAAAUAAUUGACAAAUUGCGUCAAGAGGUUUUAGAUAGAGUUUCAGAAAUAAGAAACGUUAGCAAAUUAGUAGAUUACCUCGAUGUUACUUCUUCGUUUGCAAUUCUAGCAGAAGAAAAUAACUUAGUGUGUCCGAAAUUUGUUAAGACGCCUCAAUUAAAUAUCACCAGUGGUAGGCACAUUGUGGUGGAAUCAGGUUUGAAAAGUGUCAGCGAUAUGUUUAUUCCUAAUGAUACUAAAGUUGGUUCUGAUGGUAAUUUAUGGGUAAUUUCAGGUCCGAAUAUGGGAGGUAAAAGUACAUAUUUGCGACAAAAUGCUAUAAUUGUUAUCUUGGCUCAGAUAGGCUCCUUUGUUCCUGCUAAAAAAGCAAGCUUAGGGAUAGUGGAUAAAAUAUUCACAAGAAUUGGCGCAUCCGACGAUCUUUACAGUGAUUUAAGUACAUUUAUGGUCGAAAUGGUAGAAACAAGCAAUAUUUUAAGGAAUGCUACACCAAGAUCCUUAGCAAUAGUUGAUGAAAUUGGUCGGGGGACCAGUGGAAAGGAAGGGUUAGCAAUUGCCUAUGCCACUUUAUUGGAAUUACUUCAUGUUAAUAAAUGCCGGACUUUAUUUGCAACUCAUUUUGGCAAAGAACUCGAAAAUCUAUUAAUUUCCAAUAAUAUUAAACAAGAUAAAAUUCGGUAUUACAGAACAAAAGUGUUGCAUGAAAAAACUAUUCAAAAAGAUGGAAAUUUUAAUUUAAUUAUAGAUCAUUCUCUUGAGCCAGGGAUCAGCGAUAGAUCAUAUGCUCUUGAAGUAGCCAAAAUGGCAGGGUUUCCUGAGUCUGCAUUAUCUAAAGCUCGAAAAGCUCUAAAACUAAUAAAAUAA